UCCAGUUUAUUCUUUUAAAGGGAAAUGGAGGAAGGAGAAGUGGAAUACAAAGCCAGUUGUUUUCAGAUGUUAAUCAGCUGAAGAUAUGAAGACACCUGGCAUCAUGUAGUUCUAUGUAAAUUUUCUCUAAUCUUCUUGGGCUGAUAUUGAUUAACACAUGUGGCUUCUUUUAUCCUGAUAAUGCCUUACAGUUUCAGAAACACAGAGGCAGCCAGAACAUUCACACGUUGGGGGUGGGCCGAGCGCCAGGUCCAGGUGGGCGCCAGCCCCGCACAGUGUUGGGUAGCCAUGGCUGAGCUGCAGCAGCUCUGGGUCCAGGAAGAGGUGGACUCCACGGUAAAGAGUCUGGAGCAAGAGAACCUCUGGAAGAUGCUGGACCUCCUGUUCCGGUGCAGCAUGGGCUCUUGUGAGGACAACCAGGCGUCCAUGCAGCAGGUGCACCAAUGCGUCGAGCGCUGCCAUGCACCUCUGGCCCAAGCCCAGGCCUUGGUGAUCAAAGAGCUGGAGAAGUUCCAGGACCGCCUGGCCCAGUGCACCACGCAUUGCAACAACAAAGCCAAAGAUUCCAUAGACGCAGGGAGCAAGGUGCCUCAGGGGAAGCGGCAGCUGGACAGUUGCGUGUCCAGGUAUGGGGAUGACCACGUGCACCUGAUCCUGACCAUGACCUGGAAGAUGAAAGAAUCACUGUCAAAUCACUGUCAUCUAUGGGGAAAUAAAAGUCCUUGCCAGUGA